AUGACGCCCGGCUCCCGCUCCCCGCUCGGGUUCCUAGUUUCGCAGAGUUUCUCGACCCGUGAAAGCAUCGCUGAGUCACCUUCCCGGAACGCGCUCGAGACGCUCACGACCCAGCCAGGGCUGCCCCCAGAGCUGCGCGGGGCGGAGGUGGCCACCAGCCGGCCGCGUGCCAGGCCAACGGCCCCGGGACCCACGCGUCCCAGCCCGAGCCUCUCCCCUACCCGGGGACACCUGGGCCCGGCCCCGCCAGGUGUUGGGAAACAGGGCCUCCUGGGUCCUCUCGCAAAGGGGUUCCUCGGAGCCGUGCCGGGACCUGCCUCUUCUCGACUUUUAGGGGCGACGGGAAACGAGACGUGUGAAUGGGUGUCGGGUGGGGGCAGGUGUGGGCGCGUGAGCACCCUGCAGCUGGGGCCUGCACCAGCUCAGCCUCCUACAGAGCUUUGA